AAGAAACUUGUGUUCAGGUAAAGAGUAACUGAAGUGUUGUUGAGCUGUUGUGUGUUUGUCUAUCUGUAUUCAUUCAGUAAAAUGGCAGAAGCCAGAUUUUCUCAGGAUGAAUUCAUCUGUCCAGUGUGUCUGGAUCUUCCGGAGGAUCCAGUGACCACUUCCUGUGGACACAGUUACUGUAAGAGCUGUAUUACAGCUCACUGGGAUCAGGAGGAUCAGAAGAGAGUCUACAGCUGCCCUCAGUGCAGACAGACCUUCAGUCCAAGACCUGCUUUAGCUAAAAACACCAUGCUGGCUGAACUGGUGGAGAAACUGAAGGAGAUUAAACUUCCUGCUGACUGUUACCCUGGAGCUGGAGAUGUGGAGUGUGACAUCUGUACUGAAAGAAAAUUCAAAGCCGUCAAGUCCUGUCUGGUGUGUCUGAACACUUACUGUCAAUCUCACCUUGAACAACAUGAGAGUUUCUUUAAAGGAAAGAGGCACAAUUUGAGUGAAGCCACUGGAGGACUGCAGGAGAUGAUCUGCCAUGAACAUGAGAAACAGCUGGAAAUGUACUGUAUCACUGACCAACGAUGCAUUUGUGUGCUGUGCGCAAAAUAUGAGCAUAAAAACCACAACACUGUGUCAGCUGCAGCACAGAGGACAGAAAAACAGAUGCAGUUGAAGGAGAUGCGGAGAAGGUUCCAGCAGAGAGUCCAACAGAGAGAGAAAGAUCUUCAGCAGCUCAGAGAGGCGGUGGAGUCUCAUAAGCGCUCUGCACAGACAGCAGUAGAGGACAGUGAGAGGAUCUUUACUGAGCUCAUCCGUUUCAUUGAGAGAAGCCGCUCUGAGGUGACACAGAUGAUCAGAGAUCAGGAAAAGCAAGCAGUGAGUCGAGCUGAAGGACGACUGGAGCGACUGGAGCAGGAGGUCGAUGAUCUGAGGAGGAGAGACACUGAGCUGGAGCAGCUUUCACACACACAGGAUCACAUCCAGUUCCUGCAGAGUUUCCAGUCUCUCCCAGCACCUCCUGAAUCUACAGAUGUAAACGACAAUCCCUUCAGUUCUCUCUUCUUUUUUGAUGCCAUGAGAGAAUCUGUCCAUCAGCUGAGAGACAAACUGGAGAAUUUCUGCAAAGAGGAGCUCAAGGAGAUCUCAGACAAAGUCACAUUCACCAACAUUGUUCCCAGGACCAGAAAUGACUUCCAACAAUACUCCCAUCAGCUCACUCUGGAUCUGAACACAGUGAAUGAAUACCUCUGUCUGUCUGACAGCAACAGAGUGAUUACUUACACUUACACAGAUCAACCGUAUCCUGAUCAUCCAGACAGAUUUGAUGUGUUUCAGGUGUUGUGUAGAGAGAGUGUGUGUGGACGCAGUUACUGGGAGAUUGAGUGGAGUGGGAGUGUGUUAAUAUCAGUGUCACAUAAGAGUCUCAGCACAAAGGGAUGGGGUAAUGAGAGUGUGUUUGGAUAUAAUGAUCAGUCCUGGAGUUUGUCCUGCUCUCCCUCCAGAUACUCAUUCAUACACAAUAACAUAGUCACUAAACUUCCUGUACAGCCUAUCAGCUGUCGUAGAAUAGGAGUGUAUGUGGAUCACAGCGCAGGAACUCUGUCCUUCUACAGCGUCUCUGACACAAUGAGCCUCAUCCACACAGAACAGACCACAUUCACUCAGACGCUCUAUCCUGGGUUUCUUGUUGAUUAUGGAUCAUCAGUGAAAUUGUGUUGAUGAAUAGGAA